CCAAAACGCCUUCUCGAGGCGCGUGACGCAACUAGCACCGUUCCGUUGACGUUCCCUCCCCCCUCCGCGAGCUGUUCCGCUUCCAAAACUAGACUCCCCGAUUAUUGCUAUUACUCCUAUCUACGAGCGGGCGACUAACAUGGAUAUUGUAAAUCAGUUGGUUGCAGGUGGGCAAUUCAGGGUGCUCAAAGUCCCACUGGGCUUCAUCAAAGUCUUAGAAUGGAUCUUUGCCAUCUUUGCAUUCUCCACCUGUGGAAGUUACUCGGGGACCUUCAGGAUGAGCGUGGAGUGCAAGAACAGAACAGAAAGUAACCUGAAAAUAGGCGUGGAUUUUGAGUAUCCCUUCAGGCUCCAUCAAGUAUAUUUUGAUGCCCCCACCUGUAAGGGUGGUAAUGAUCGUUUAUUCCUGGUUGGGGAUUACUCGUCCUCCGCAGAGUUCUUCGUCACCAUAGCUGUUUUUGCAUUCCUGUAUUCCAUGGCAGCUCUUAGCGUCUAUGUCUUUGCCUUUGAGAAGUAUCGUGAAAACAAUAAAGGGCCGCUGAUUGAUUUCGGUGUGACAUGCGUGUUCACCUUCAUGUGGCUGGUGAGCUCAGCAGCAUGGGCGAAAGGUUUGUCAGAUGUGAAGACCGCCACAGAUCCCGAGAAGGUUUUGGAGUUGAUCCCCGCCUGUGAGCAUGAGGUUAACCGCUGCCGUGAAGUUCAUGAUCCAGUCAUGUCUGGUCUUAACACUUCUGUGGUCUUUGGGUUCCUGAAUCUGAUCUUGUGGGCAGGCAACCUGUGGUUCGUGUUUAAGGAGACCGGAAUCGUUGCACCAUUCAUGCGCCAGCCACCCGCCCAGGAGAAGCAGCCCGCCGCCCAAGAUGCCUACGGGCAGGGAGGAUAUGGGCAGCCAGACCCAUACGCUGGUUCCCAGGGAGGCUACCAGCCCGAUUACAGCCAGCAAGGCUACAACCAGGCUGGAGACUACGGUCAGGGCGGCUAUGAGCAGCAGGGGGCACCCACCUCAUUUUCCAACCAGAUGUGAGCAAAAUAAUAUUUGAGGAAGCAGAGGAGAGAAAGAAAGAGGUUGAUGUGUGAAUCUUGCAGUGUGGUGCCUGAACCCAAACCACAAACCCACACUUCUCCAUUUGUGCGUCUGUGCUUACGUAUGUGAAAGUUAAGAGGGAUGGGUGGGAGGGGGACUUAUCUAAAAUUACAGAUAGAGGGGGUGGGAUAGAGCAGAGGGAUUUUAUUGUGCUGUUAAUUAUUGUGACGUACAAAACUAAGAUAAGGUUAGGAUCGAUCAAAUUUCAAAACACUUGAAUCCUGUACCAAAAUAGGAGAGAAUAUUUGAAAACUUCUAUGAAUCUUGUUUUGCUAAAUGAAUUGUAAAUUGAUGAUGUUGACAAUAUUAAUGCUAAACUUGAGAGAAUGUAUUUGUCUGUGAUGUAUAGAUAUGAUUAUAUAUAUAUAUAUAUAUAUAUACGAAUAUAUAUAUAUAUAUAUAUAUAUAUAUAUAUAUAUAUAUAUAAAUAUUCCUAAAGAUAUGUAUGGGGCUAUUUCACUGUAGUCUAGUUCAAUUUAUAAACCCUAACAUUAUUAUAACAAUCCUGUGAAUAUAUUAACAAAGCCCCACUUUGAAAUUGUUUUACCCUGUAUUGUUUUACCCUGGUGGUGGUUUGGUACGGGUUGCAUAGAAUUUGUCCCAGUGUACCUCCUUUUGUUAAGUCUAUUGAUUUGUAUUUCUUCACGGGGUGGGAUGGAGCACUGAUGUGACGACGACUAUAAAGAAUCAUUCCCGAACUCAUGAAGGGACCACAUUACUUCAACCAGCAAGAAAAACGAUUAAGUGUAUCCAAAUUAAGUUGAUUUGUUCUCUCUCGUAAAUCUCUGUAUUAUGAAAAGCACAUGCUUUCUCAUUGAAGAAUUCGCAUGGUUGUUCAUGACACAACACCCUCCUCUGAGUGCUGUAUUGAUGUAGUGCUGUUUAAGUUAGAGGAUGCUAAACAUAGAUAUAAAUAGAUAUGGACCAGGGUUGUGUUUGUGUUGUGUGAGCACCAGACAGAGAUGUCAGUAGUGUAUAGAUAUAUGUGCCAGUUUCGGUUUCAUCAAUAUUUUCCUUUUCCCUCUUUCAAAAACAUGUACUCUAUUACAAGUUUUAAGCCUGUGAUAGUGAGGUAUAUUUAAAAUUGUACAUACAGAAUAUAUAUAUAUGAAGUACCUGCACAUUGUUUAACCAAUGUCAUGAACUGCUGUAAUGAUCUGCAUCAAAACAUCACGUGAAUGUCAGCAUAGAUUAUUUUUGUCUGCUUGAUUGAUCAUUCGAAUAGCAGAUGCCAAAUGUAUCUAUGGUAUACACGAUAGCCAACCCUUCCAGCUUGAUUUUAAGGCAACUGAACUGUUUUCCGUGAUGGGGAGGUCAUUUAAAUAAGCUAUGAAAUUCAUAUUUCAUUUCAACAGCUGUCGUGACAGGUUAACUGGGGCAAUAAUAUCCUAAAGUUAUUAUUUUGUAGAGUAUUCAAACACUAUAUCAAAGACUAGCACUUCAGAUGUGAGGAUGCCGAGUAAUGUUAUCAAUAUAGUAAAAGCAGCAGAUUUGUUUCUCCCCUGAGUUGAUCAUAAAUGGUUAAUUUAGAGUUGAUGCAUCAGAUGUUGUUAUGAUGAGUUUAUUUAUAUUAUUGCAUGAAUGGAUGCUCUUAAUGCAAGCUAACCCAACGUAUAACUGAUUGUCUACUAUUUUUUCAGACUUUUUCCAUUUGCCUGAAAAUUUAAGGAAAAUCAGGUUCGCUUUUGGGUAAAAGGCCAUCAGCCUGCUAAAUGUGUUAGCGACUCUCUCUUUCUCUCUUUUUCCCUCUCUCUAUCUCACAUUAUCUGCUCUGGCCCACUCUUCUCUUCCAAAUGAAUAUGCUACUCAACUUCUCCGUUGUUAGUGGUGUUUGAUAUGUCUUGUGAAACUCUCGAUGCCUUUGGGUUGUGCUGUAUUUAAUGUGUAUGAUAUAUUCUUAGCGUUUAUGAAGAUAUUGAUGAAAAUGGUUAUGACCAUGUUGAAAACUCAAUCACCAAAUUAUCGAGAAAUUCUGUUGUAUUGUUCUAUGGAAUCCAUGAUGGAAAAUUAAAUAAAGAAUAAGUUAUCCUGUUG